UCGCACCCGUUCCCGCGUUGCGGAGGGAAAGCAGCGGAGGGCGCACGCUGCCAAGAACUGUCGUGAUCGCUGCCGGUGGGUGUGCGCGCACAACGCCCGUGCGACGAUGGGCAGCCUCCAAAAUGCCGUCGGGGCCGAAUCCGGCACUGCAGCGUCGGGACGUGAGAGCCCGCCUGCCAGUUUCAGCCAGCUCGGAAUACCAACGGGCCCAGAUCUACGGAACACAACUCUUUUUGGGCCGAUCAAGCCACUGAGUGCUGUGUCUCGAUUAGAAUGGGCAUUUUUUACCAUUUCAUCACUGAGCCUCAUAGUUUCCCUGGGUUUCACAGUGGAACGUCUGAUAAGCUUAGAAAAGAACACGGAUGAUUACACGUUUGCCAUUAUGUUAUGCUUCACAUCAUUAUUCUGUUUCUUCUACAUUGUGCAUGGGAUACUGAAGGAAAGAUACCAUGAAAUUGCUGUCUUCAUCUUUAGCAGUAUUCUUCUACUGGUGUACUUGAUCCUCAAUGUUGUAUCUCCAAGCCAGACUGCUGGAGCAUCAAUUGAGAAAAAGGUGCGGCUGGGUGUGGCUGUCUUUUUCUUACUUGGCAUCAUCUACCUAGGUGGGCGAGUAGCGCACGGAUAUUGGAGUGAGCGCAGGCUGCUUUUCCGCAUCAAUGCCAAGGAAGACUUGCAAGCCAUGCUCGGAUGGCUUUUCCUCUGCUCCUCUCUCAUCUUCUUCGACGUGCAGCUACAGGGCACUAUGCUCAUCUUUGUCAUGAACCACGGUACAGAUUUAAGUCGUACCGAGAUCAUCGUGCUGGCUGUUGGACCAGUUGUGACCGUGCUCUGGGCCAUUGCUGGGGAAUGCACUAUUCGCAAGGAAAGCAAGAUCUGGCUAUCCAUUUUUGUCCUGCUGUGGUUCCCCAAUGUUGUCUACAUAGGCCUCAAGCUAUACGAUCUGGAACCCACCGAAUCAUGGACUGUUCUGUACAAGGCUACAGUGGCGUGUGCUGUGGUUGCCCUGCUUAUUCGCUUGGCUUUGGCUUUCACCAUGUUCAAGGUGGCCCGCAACUUUGGUCGUGGGCUUCGAGAAAAAUUGGAAGCCAUUGGGACCAAUCAGGCACAGUCAACUGAGCAUGCUGGUGAUGAAGAGGAAGCGUGAUCUGGUCGCAUGGCUGCACACUACACUGUGUGCAGUAGGAGUUCCCACCUGUGCGCUUCAAGAGUGUUCUUGUGUGGAUGAUCAAGAGUCAGCGCUAUGUGCCAUAGCUCACAACAUGAGUGUAUGCAAGCAACCAACAAACAUGGAAGUGCUCUUUAUGUCACGCUGUUGAAGUUUGGAUGCUUCUACGCAUUUAUGUUGACAAAACUGCCAUCUUGCGAAGUGCUACUCUCACUGUGAAUGAACUGCAGCCAAUGACCAAACAUAGCCACUGUCACAUUGUGAUCGUGAGAUUGAGUAAACCUAGUGUGACAUACUUUGGUUCCGUUAUUUUGGACAUGGAACUGUUAAAGCUACUUGUGUGCCAGGUCUCGUAUGCCAGGAAGUGAGAACUACAAACAAAAAGGUGCAGUGAAAUUCCAUCUAUUAUAUUCUGUGCAUGUGGCUUCCAUUCCUUGUUAAGCAAGCAAGUUCCUAGUGUCACUUUUUUUUAUGCACCCUUAGCCAACAUUGUUUUCGAUAUCCUGACUUGUAUGUCACUGUAUUUAAUUUGCUUACUGUUCACACAUUAUAUUGUUUACGAUUUAUAUAGUGAUCUCAGUUUGUGCUGAGUGAUUGUUAGUUCAUCAAAGCCUGAGGCUGUGCUAGUCCGAGUGCUGGUAAAAUUUAAUAGUACUGCACGUUGCUAAAAUAUACCUUGAGUGCCUUGUAUGUUAAAAUGUGCCUCUUAUAUGCUUUUUCAGCCUAUCUAGUGGCAAUAUUUGUGUCUUAGUGUAUUGCUCCAGGUUCUGUAGACUGACUGUACCUCGGUAGCAUUGCAUCUGCUCAUUGCUUGUAUUCUUGUGGUUUCUGUUGAGUGUCAGUUUCUCGUGAAUGCCAGAAGUGUCUAUAGCAGUGAGUCGUGAAAAAUGUAGUGGCACAUUUUAGGCAUUGAAGUCUGAUCUUCAUAUUGCAGCAGUAUUCAGACUUUAUGAGAAUGAUUGCCAUUUUUGGCGGUGCACUUUUUCUUGAUUAAAACAAAUGUCAAGACUUUCCCUGCUUGAAAAAAACAAAAUAAUGAGGAAUUCAGCCUUUGGGAGAAAGGAAGCUCGAAGGGCCUUUUUUUUUUUUUGCAGACAGUUCUUAUCACUGAAAUAUCACUUUGUGAAAUGGCUUGUCACUGUUAAGAAAGUUUGUAUUUGCCGGACAUUUGUCGCGGCAUUAAUGGUCACACUUAAAAUUUAGUUGGUUUAGCCGAAUGACGGACACUCCUGGACACAUAUAGGAGGCUAUGCUGUUUGUAUCAUUUUAAAGUUUGUGCAGCACUACACAAAUUAAAUAUAAACUUUUCAAAUGGCCUCAAAUUUUGUUGAUUUGAAAAUUCUCGAAAAAAAUUUGCAGCUUGACCCCACUAUCUGCUGCACACUUUGAUGAUGUUUUAACAUAUAGUUUUUUUUUUCAUUGACCUAAGCUGGUUCUUUCAAAACCCGUUCACCUUUUAGACAAAACUAAGCCUUCAGAGGAGCCCUUCAGUAAUUUUUAAAAGACUACACUUGAUUGUAGUCUAACAUGCUGAUCAUUGUUCUUGUCAAACAUUGUGCUAAUCUGUGGGUCAUUUAUUCGACAAACACCGUCUGAUGAGUGCAUAGUACAUGUCUCGUUCUAGUCUUAUUCUCCAGUGUGUACAUUUAACUUCUUUUGCCCUUAGAUCCACCUUUUUUCCUUUGAUCCUAUCUCUUGUUCACAUUAUAGUAUGUCUCUCUCUCUGUAAUCGCUUAUCUAUUCAUCGGUCAGUUUUUUUCUUCUACCACAUUGUUUUUCCUUUUAAAGAGAGUAGCAUUUGUACCCAGUUUACUUGGCAGCACUUGCUAGGGAGCUCUCUUUCUCUGUCCGCUCCGUUACUGUUCUUGUGUAUACAAACCUAACGGUAAUAACUGACCUUCUAGUAAAAGUUGCUAAGUUCUGAAAUUGUCAUCACAAUCUUGUCAACGUCUUCCCAUAUGUGUUAUUAAUGCCACCACUUGCAAGCGGAUUCUCAUUCUCAUAAUCUGAAGGGGCUUCACACAAUGUUGCCUCUGCCAUUGCAGUUUGUGGGAGUUCAUUGUUUCACGUCACACAAAGCGGUAAUAGACACCUUGUAAAUCACACAAGUAACAUUCCUGUGCUUCCACGUAAAAGGUGCACUGUUAUGCCAUUGAAAAGUGCAAGUAGUGUGUAGAUACCUGUAAAAUACGGCAUUUAUUGAAAUACAUGCAUCUGUGACAAUAUGACUUGUUUUUAUUAAACAUCUGUACAGUA